AUGCUUGUUCAUGGACAUUUCAGUACUAACAAACAAUUUUACGAUGGAUCUUGGCGGGAUUUUAUUUUCAAUCAACCCAAGGAGAACACGGCUGAUUUUACUGAUGGACAGGAGAUCAAUUUUAUUAAAAUCUUCAUUGCCAUUUCAGAUUACAAUAAGUGGAGUCGGUGUAAAGCUUUAUUCUUCUUUAAAGCCAAAGAGAGAGCAGCCAAGGAAGUGUUGCAGAUUGACGACGAAGGGGAGUCAAGUGAUGAUGAAUAUGAAGAAAUACACUUCCCACACCGUUCUACCACCUUUGCUACAAACCUUCAAUCUCUCUGCCUCGAGUAUUGUGACAGUAUUACUGAUACAGAUAUGGAGGACAUUGUCACAGUCUGUAGGGGGUCCAUAUCAGUGAUAGAUUAUUACAGCUGUGAGGUGCGACCAAAAGUACUGACCCUUAGGAAAUUUGAAGUAAAAGACUUGUCUGGUGCUAAAAAUGACUGAGUGAUGAGGAAAGACAAUACCGUAAAAAAGACAUUAAAGACUAUAUGACAACUCUUUAUUUAUGAAUAAAUA